GUGAACCAUUUUCCGUUGCCUUUUAGUACCCACAAGUCUUUGCAAUUUCCUUUCCGACAUUUCUCGGGUAGAAUGGCGCCAAACAAGAAAGGGGGUGAGAAAAAGAAGGGGCGUUCUGCCAUCAACGAGGUUGUGACCAGGGAGUACACCGUCAACAUCCACAAGCGCAUACAUGGCGUGUCCUUCAAGAGGAGGGCACCUCGUGCUCUCAAGGAGAUCCGCAAGUUCGCCAUGAAGGAGAUGGGAACCCCUGAUGUACGCAUCGACACUCGCCUGAACAAGGCUGUAUGGACCAAGGGUGUGAGGAAUGUCCCAUACCGUAUGCGCGUGCGCCUGUCAAGGAAACGCAAUGAAGACGAGGACUCUCCCAACAAACUGUACACCCUCGUCACAUACGUUCCUGUCACAACAUACAAAGGUCUGCAGACGGUCAAUGUGGAUGAGAACUAAUUAUUCACUGGUGUUUAAAUAAAUGUAUAAAAGAAA